CAUCUUCAUAUUUGGAACAUACGUUUCGGUCACGAUACUUGUGUAUUGGGGAUUCGGCGAUAAAACGCACGGAUUAUAAACCUAGCUUUAAUCUGACAGACAUCAUAAUAAAAAAUAAAUUUUAAAUAAUCGUAAUAUUCCCUAUGAGUAAUAUGAUGGAGGUACGUGUAACUCACAAAGAUCGAAUAGGUCUAUUACCAGCCAGUUCUAUAAAAAAUGGUAUUGAUUAUAAUUUAAAUACUUAUAGAAGUGCUGGAACUCCUGCAGACACAUCAAGAACCACUUCUACCAUACAAGACUCUCGUGCAAAGGGUACCAUCCAUUAUUUAUCUCCAGCUACAACUAGAACUGUAACUGAGCUCGAAGGAGAUUUGUACUAUCAACAGUUUGUGGAAUUUCAUCCGCCAUCCAUACUACCAGUCCCACCUGCUGAGUAUGCCAGUUCUUCGGAGUCUUCCAUUUCUUGCAGAGAAGCUGAAUUGCAAAGAACCUUAGCUAUAUUAAAACCUGAUGCUAUAAAAUUUAAAGAUGUAGUCAUUAGAGCUAUCAACGAAUCUGGAUUGAAAAUUUUGCACGAAAGAACAAUUCAUUUAACUCCCGAGCAAGUUUCUGAAAUAUACGCAAAACAAUAUGGCAGUCCAUCGUUUCCUCACGUGGUCGUGUCCAUGAGCAUUUCGCCUAUUGUUGUGUUUUCUUUAGCCGGAAAGAGUAGCAUUGAAAAAUGGAAAUCCAUGGUUGGACCGUAUGGACUUUUAAGAGAGGAAUGGUUCUUUCCUUACAGCGUUCGUACUCGGUUUGGUAUUCAGCCCGACGUACCUGACAUUAUACACGCUUCAGAAGAUUUGAACGAAGCCAAAUGGGAAAAUAGAUAUUUUUUUUCGAGAAAUAUAUUAGAACCUCUGGCGAUAGACGAAGAAAAAGUGGCCGAUUAUGUUCAUAAUUGUGUAACUCCAAUUUUAAUGGAAGGAUUAAUGCAAAUAGUAAAAACUAAACCUAUUGAUCCAGUUCUAUCUUUGGCCGAAUGGCUUCUGUUAAAUAAUCCUUAUCAACCCAAAUUUCCACAUACAGUUGCGCUUAGUUCACUUUAAAAAAAAAUAAUAAAGAUUAUUUACUUA